GCGCAUGCGCGGUGUACUGUACUGCCUGGUGUAGGCAAGCUGCGGUCGGACGUGUGAGAUCUCCGAGGAGCAGCAGCUUCUGAUGGCGGCGCUGUUAAAAAAUCUGUAGCGAGGCAGUGGAUGGUUUGCAGAUUCGUACGUGUGAAAGGAAAAUGUCGAGUCUCUGGGUGGUGUAUGCUGAGUUGGUCCUGCUUUCUUGCCUUGGUCUGGUUCGCGCGCAAAAUGAGAAACCAGUGGUGUUUACUCUGGGAAUGUUCCAGAAUGUGAGUAUACCAGUGAAUGGAAGUGUGGAAGUGAACGUGUCCCGAAUCCCAGCUGAAGUGGCCUUCGUCACGCUGCAGUUUCACACUCAGCACCGCAAUGCCACCAUGUCAUACACAAGGGUCCCAGCGUACGGCUCUGCGGUCACCACGGUCGAUUCCGGGCUCCUGUUUCCUCUCUCUCCAGCUCAGUCGAGUCUCUCGUGCUUCCUGCUGGCUCCUGACGGUGACUCCGUCGCAGGAAUAGCAGUUAUACUGCCCUACUCGAGCACUGACCCUGUCCCUGGGGCCUGCAAUCUGGAGUUCCCACUGGAGAUAGACCCAAACAUCUACUUGCUCUACAACCUUUACGAGACCAUCAUUCGCUUUGCCCCUGCCAACAUCGGAUACGCGAGAGGAGUCUCUCCCCCGUUGUGCGACGUGGAAACGGACUUAAGCAGCCGCUGGCGUUUAGAGUACGACGUGUACCAGUACUUCCUUCCUGAGAACGACCUGUCGGAGCGGAGCCUGCUCAGCGGCGUGGAGACGGUCGCUGGGGCGCCGAGCAUGCUGCAAAAUGGUAGAAAGCUGAUGACGCUGUCGUCUCGAGAUAAAACCUUGGUGUCGUUUAACUCCAUCCCGGGACAGGGAGUGAUCUACUCCGUCAUCGUGAGAGACCCCGUGUACAACAGCUCCGCUUCAUACGUGCCGGUGCACACCUACGCCUGCAGCUUCACGUCCGCUGUAGACGGAUGCAUCACGCUAGGGAGAACUUCCAGCAAAGUUUUUUUCACCAUCACCGGCCUUGCAGGACUUCUCGUAUGUUUCUUAGGGCAUCGUUUUUUCAAAUGUGAGCUCUUCUGCUUGGGCUUUGGCUUUGGAGCGUUCUUCUUCUUCGUGCUGAUCACGAGAACCACCGCGCUGGAUUAUGACAUCCGAUUGGCUCUGACGACUCUGAUAGGUGUUGUUGGGGGUGUGGUCCUGGUGAUGACUUGGUGGCGGUUCGGCUCCGUCAUGGCCUGCGUUGUCGUCGCAGGCCUCAUCCUCGGCUUUCUCAUCUCAUCCAUCGUCUUUUUCACACCAUUUGGUGACCUCUCUGUGUUUCAUGAGGAUGUGGCAUUCUGGGUGACUUUCAGCGGCAUCGUGCUGGUUGUGCCUCUGUUCUUCACCAGAUGGCCAAGAGUGGGUAAUAUAUUAACAUGCGGGGUGGUAGGAGGGUACAUGGUCGUGCUGGCUGUGAACGCCUACGUCUACACCAGCCUCUCCUACAUCACGCUGGACGUCCUCAAACGCUUCCUCAACGAGAACUUCAGCAGGGCUUUCAUCUCCGUUCCGCUGCAGACCACGGAUUUCAUCCUAAUCGGCGUGUGGGUGCUUCUCGGGGUGUCGGGCAUCACCGUGCAGCUGUACCGAGAGCGCUCGCGGCCGUACUUUCCGCCGAGCCCGUACAUCCUGUGGUGCCAGGAGCGCGAGCGGCGCAAGACCAACGUGUUGGACCCGAGCCACCACACGCCAUCUCUGGCCGCCCGGCUGCUCGCCCGCGCCCGCCAGCUCACACGCCACCAAGAGCCUGCUGGAGAGCGCACGCCCCUGCUCCUCUGACCUCUGUCCAAUGUGACCAUCAGGCUUGCUGACCUACAGAAGGAUACAGGCUCUGGGCCCACCGUAUUUUUUUUUUUUUUUUUUUUUUUUUUUUUUUCUUCCCCCUUCACACACUCUUGCAGACGUUUCAGCUCUAGAUCAUCUCGAGCUGGCGACUGCUCUUGAACGUAGAUGAUAUCGAUCCACAUGAUGCGCUAUUAAAUAAUCAAAUAGCGUUGAGAUUAUAACCCGUUAAAUACGGGGCUCAUCUGACCCCCGACCUGAUGCACGACCCCGGAGCCGACCUUCCGCCAUUUUAAAAGUCGUUGAAAUGUUGAACUAGAGUUGAAAACUUUAUUUAUAUAUAUAUAUAUAUAUAUCUGUUCAUUUCCCUUUCUAAAUGAUUCCCAAAAGACUGUAGCGUGAAGACGAGCGCUAGUCUUUUUUUUUUUUUUUUUUUUUUUUUUUUUUAAAUAAUAAAACUCAAAGUGCAACAUAUUACUAUAUUUUAAAACGUUUGAAAAAAAUUAAUAAAUUAAUCCUUUUUAAAAAUUAAUUAAAAGAACACCACUACCCCGAAAGUGUCGUUUUUGUUGCUGACGGACUUGAUUUGGCUGGUUUUGAAUUUUAGAUUUUGUUUUCUGAACAGAAAGAUGUAGCAUUUUACAUGGACGAUACCACGGUGUGUUCGGGACUCGGUUCUUCACGCGUCUCCACAGAAACGUGGAAAUGCUGAUUAGUAGGAGGUGGUUGUUUUUUUUUUGUUUUUUUUUUUUUAUGCGUUUGGACUUCAUAGCCACCCACUGAGUAACAAGCACUUAUUUAAAGAGAACAUUGCAUUGGUUAAUGCCUCUACAGAUUUUCUGUUCCCUUUACGCUCCUCCUGCGGGUGGAUUAUAAACAAAUCCCCCAGACUCGAGUCCUGAUAGAGGAUUGGGGCCAGAUCUCCAGAUCGGAUACUGGGUUUGGGUGCCAGUUUCUUGUCUCUGGGCUCGUGUAGUGGCGAGGCGAGGCGAGGCGGCCUGCCGUCUGCACGGUGUUCUUGUCUGCAGAGUUUUGAUGUAGUUUCUUAUACAAAUGGCAAUAAUAUCUAAACUAUUUUAAAACUGCUUGAAUGUUACAGUUGUUAUUUAUGUUUUUUGCAGAAUGUUUGAUUGUUAAAUUUAUUUUGUGAUAUCUAAAGAUAAUAAAGUUGUUUUGUGUAAUAA